CUCCUGUCUCUCUCGUCUGUCUCUCUCUUCUCUGUCCCCCUACUCUCUCUCUCUCCUCUCUAUCCCCCUACUCUCUCGCUCUCCUCUCUAUCCCCCUGCUCUCUCUCUGUCCCCCUACUCAGUCUCUCUCUCUCCUCUAUGUCCCCCUACUCUCUCUCGCCUCUGUCCCCCUACUCUCUCUCGCCUCUCCUCUCUGUCUCCCUCCUCCUCCUUUCAUUUGUCCCUCGCCUCCCUCCCCUGGUGUAAGCGCAUGGCAGGGCAGCAGAAUUGGUAAUGAAGAAAGCGCCCAAUUUAGCCUCCUCAGCCGCGCGCUCCUCUGAGAUGUGCUUCCUGCCUGCCUCUGCCUGGGUGCAGCGAGGCGGGGUGCUGUGAGUGGCUGAGCUAGAGCUGACAUCACAGGGGCCAGCUGUUGAUUUGGUGCUGUCUCUGAGGCUGGGGCGAGUCACUGACUCCGUCAGGCGCCUACUGAGGGGCUCUGGCAGGUAGACACACACACACAAACCCACAACGAUAGGAGGCUGUGUGAGACUACUGCUGCUGCAGGGAGCGAGUCGCUCCGAGCAGCUACGUCCUCCUCAACCAAUGCUGCCUUGGGUACUACGGACUCCUCCAACAGCUUGCAAUGAACAUAAGGAGGGCUGCUAUGUGGCAGGUCUGUGAUGGCCAUGAGCAGCUUGGAGGGCAGUGCCACCGAGGCCGUUCAGAUCUGGACACCAGAGACUCCGAGCUGGUGCUAAGGACAUGGGACUCUCCCUCAGAGUUAGCGACAGGCUCAGCAGCACGAGACGUUACAGUGACAAACCAGCGGUGGCGCAGGACUGCUGCCCCCAGAGCCUUCUCACCCUCUGUAGGACGUCACCACCACAGGCCCAGGAGCACCCAGACCCCAGUAACAGCAGUGUUGUAUAGAGACUCUCUGUAAGCUGUGCGUCUGAUGAGGAUGUCUGAUCCUGUUACUGUAAAGGACAUCAGUAGGACUGAGACCAUGAAGGUUUGUGAGGCUGGAGGUGAGCUGGAGGCAGCAGACUGGACCGGAACCACAACACUAGGAGCAGACAGCAGACGGAAUGGUGUAAAGGACAAACCCAAACAGGCUGGGAGCCUGGUGCUGGAACACAAUGCCACCGGUCACCAAGACGGAAGCUGCUGUGACAACAAGAGGGAAACGUCACAGCAGCAGUCUCCUGUAUCAGCUGGCCAGCCAGUGAGGGGCUCUAAGUCCAAGGCCAAGGUAAAGUUAGUACGGAGCCUGGCUGUCUGUGAAGAGUCCUCUCCUCCCUUUCUAACAGCACACCAGCUGACACCAGAUCCUCAGAUAUCCCAGUCCUUUGAUAAGGAGGAGCUGUCUGCCAAGGAGGAGAAAGAGAAGGUGGAGAAACCAGAGAAGAUGCCCAGGAAAAUGCUCUCAAGAGAUUCCAGCCAGGACUACACAGACUCUACUGGAAUAGACCUGCAUGAGUUCCUGGUCAACACUCUUAAGAACAACCCCAGAGACAGAAUGAUGCUGUUGAAGUUGGAGCAGGACAUUCUGGAUUUUAUCAGUAAUAAUGAAAGCCAGAAGAGGAAGUUCCCUCCCAUGACGUCGUACCAUAGAAUGCUGCUACACCGAGUGGCUGCCUACUUUGGCAUGGAUCACAAUGUUGACCCCACCGGGAAGUCUGUCAUCAUCAACAAAACUAGCAAUACAAGAAUACCAGAUCAAAAAUUCUCAGAACACAUAAAAGACGACAAAACAGACGAUUUCCAAAAACGCUACAUUCUCAAAAGAGACAACGCCAGCUUCGACCGGGAAGACGGCAUGAUACGAAUGCGCCUGAAAGACGACAGGAGAAGCAAAUCUAUCGAGGAGAGAGAGGAGGACUAUCAGAGAGCCAGGGACAGGAUAUUUGCACCAGAUGGAGAUCAUUUCCAUCUAGAUGGAAGGAGCCCUGAUGAAGAGGCUUGUAUCAGCACACAACAGAGACGGCAACUCUUCAGACUAGGGGACGGGCGAUCAGCCAGCAGUAGACAGAGCAGCUCUGAGAAUGACCCCAAGAACUGUGAUGCCCGGCCGUGGAGCAGCACUGAUUCAGACAGCUCCAACCGUAACCUGAGGCCCACCAUGACCAAGGCCAGCAGCUUCAGCAGCAUCUCUGUCCUCAUCAGAGGAGACAGCUCAGCCAGCAGCAAGAGCACCGGACGCCUCUCCAAAACAGGUUCUGAGUCUUCUAAUAGUGUAGGGUCUUCUACGAGUUCCAUCUCUCGCCCCCAAGUCCUCCACCUGCCUCUCCCUGUCCCAGCUGCUCUAACCCAGGCAGCCGGCCCUGUUGGGGGCCCCAGCACGGUGCAACCUACACCUUCCUCCUCUGCGUCCUCCUCUGCCACGGCCCCCAGCAGUAGUAGAACUUCUGUACACUGUGAUCGGGGCAGCAGGAAUGGCCCGGCGCCUGCAUCCGGCCCAGCGCCAACCCAGGCCACUGCUAAUGCUACUAGUUACUAUUUCCUUCCCCCGGAAGCCACAGGGAUACCGCCUGGCAGUAUACUGGUCAACCCACACACAGGCCAACCCUUUGUAAACCCUGACGGCAGUGCUGUGAUCUACAACCCCUCGAUGACCUCACAGCAAGGUGGGAGGAGCCAGCAGCCCUUGGCCCCUCCCCUACCGCCUCCUGCCCCGCACCAGCCAGCCAAUCACGUCCUCUCCCAGCCGGUUCGGCAUCUCCAGCCCUCUGCUCCACAGCCGAUCCAGUACUCAACCAUCUCUUACCCUCCUCCUCAGUUCCUGCCACUCUCCUCUAACCAACAAUACACUUUGGUACCUAUCAAUCCUCUCUCCCCUAACCAACAAUACACUUUGGUACCUAUCAAUCCUCUCUCUCCUCACCUCUAUCUCCCACCUAUGUUUCUGUCCAGUUGCCUCUUCAGCACCUUGUCAUUUAAUUAGGUGGUAUUUUAUAAGAUAUGGACAUUACGUUACGUGUGUUAAUUCCAGAAGUUUAUAUUUUUAUACAGAAUCUUUGAUGUAAUGUAUGAUGGAAAGACAUCUUUAUCUGGGAUGACUUUGUGAUUGAAGAAGUGUUCAGCAGGAUCCUGGAUCAUGUUCAUUAGGCAGAAGACAUUUGAAACCAGCAGUUUGCCCAAUGGGAACCCAGAAUCUUGUUUUCUGUUGCAAAAUGUCUUGCAUCUGAGUGCUUGUUGAACAUGACCCUGUUUGCCCUAUGACCCAGUUAGGUAGAACAUGACCUUGUUAGCCCUAUGACCCGGUUAGGUUGAACAUGACCCGGUUAGGUUGAACAUGACCCGGUUAGGUUGAACAUGACCCGGUUAGGUUGAACAUGACCCGGUUAGGUUGAACAUGGCCCAGUUAGGUGGAAGAUGACCCUGUUAGGUGGAACAUGACCCUGUUUGCCCUAUGACCCGGUUAGGUGGAACAUGACCCUGUUUGCC